GUAUUUGGUUCAGCAGGAGUUAUCGGAAAUCCUAUGGGAUUUGCAAGGAGCAUGGGUCUUGGCCUCAAAGAUUUCUUGUCAGCUCCUGUACAAAGUGUUUUCCAGACUCGUGCAGGUUUUAUUAAAGGCAUGGCACAAGGGACCUCUAGUCUUUUGAGUAACACCGUCUAUGCCUUAAGUGAUGCUGCCACCCAAUUCAGCAAAGCUGCACACAAGGGUAUCGUGGCAUUUACUUUUGAUGAUCAGGCUGUCGGAAAUAUGGAAAGACACCAGAAGGGAAUAUCAUCCCAUAGCAAAGGGGUGAUAAAUGAAUUUUUUGAGGGUCUGACUGGUCUAUUGCAAUCACCUAUUAAAGGGGCAGAGAGACAUGGCCUUCCAGGAGUACUCUCAGGUAUAGCUCUUGGAGUGACUGGACUGGUGGCAAGACCAGCAGCCAGUAUCCUUGAUAUCACCGGCAAAACUGCACAAAGCAUCAGAAAUCGAAGCAAACUGCAUAAUCUGGGAUCUCAUCGCUUUAGGGUCCGAUUGCCAAGGCAUUUAAACAGAGAACUUCCUUUACGGCCAUAUUCUUGGGAAGAAGCAAUUGGAGUAUCUGUACUUAGAGAGGCUGAAGACCAUGUUAAGCUCAAAGACGAAACAUUAGUAGUGUGUAAAGCUCUUAGACAUGAUGGGAAGUUUGUUAUCCUCACUGAGAGACUUAUAUUAAUCGUGUCUUGCCCCAGUAUAGUAAAAUACAGAAUGCCCGAGUUUCAAGGAGUGCCUGCUAACCCAGAAUGGUUGGUGGAAACAGAAAUCGGGAUGGAUAGUGUAAUUCAUGCCGAUAACGACGACGAUGAGGUACAUAUUGUGGGAAGUAGCUCAGACGCAUUGUUAAGGCAGAACCAUAUCUCACAUAAAAGAAGCUGGGGACCAAAGGGAAAGAGAUGGAACAACAAUCCUCGCACAUCGCUUCCGCUACUCCAGACUAAUUUGGUUUUCACAUCAAAAGAUGAAGCAGAAGACUUCCUGCAGGUACUUCUAUCUACAAUUGACAAAGCAAAAGAAAAAGGUCGGAGCUCUGUGCAUCUUCUUCAUCAAAGUAGUCUCAGACAACUAUAGAAAGAUGUAAAGGAUCCAAGUAAUUUUCCAUCUGUAUAUUGUACAUUAUGUACAUAAUCUACUUUACCCCUCUUAUGUUAAUUUAUGUCCAUAACUGUUCAAUUAGUGUAGGACUUCCAAUUCUUUAAAGGCACAGUCCUUCUCU